CAUCGAUCAGAUCUCUCUCUCUCUCUCUCUCUCUCUCCCCGAUCGCCACUUCUCCUUCUUCGCCGCCUCGCGCCGUCGUACAAUGACGGCGGCCGGCCCGCGCCACCGCCGCCGCCACCUCGCGCGUCGCGAGAGCCGCGCUCGGCUCUCCGUCAUCCUGGCGUGCCUCGGCUGCUUCCUCCUCGGGCCCGCCGACGCUUCGAUCCACGAGUACCGGAACGAGACGUUCGCCCGCCGCUCCAACUCCUUCUUCUUCCACGGCGGCAGCGAAGGCCUCUUCGCUUCCCAGCCCCGCCCCUCCUCCGGCGGCAAUCUCACCUCCGACGACGCGCCUGUCAGCGGCAGAUCGUUCAUCCGGUUCGAGUCCAUCACCUUCCAAAGGACAAAGGAGUCUGCUGAGAAGAAAAAUGAGAUGCAGCAGAGAACUGGAUUGGUUGAAGCUUUAAUUGUUGAUGUCAGAGAUAGGGAGAGGAUUGGUGGUGCUUAUCUGAAUUCAAGUAUGAUAUGUUGCACUCCAGAUCUCUCUAAGGAUGGAUACUGCAAGGUAGGGGAGGUGAUCAUUCAUCAAGAUCACAAUAAUCCCGAUGGACCUAAACGAGUUCAGACUUUCUUUGAGGCGAAAAAUGAAGAGGCUAAGAUGGAGCUUCACACUGUGGAGAUCAACAGAACUGGAAUGUACUAUCUGUACUUCAUGUUUUGUGAUCCAGAACUUAAGGACUUGUCAGUCAGUGGAACGACUGUUUGGAAGAACCCAGAGGGUUAUCUACCUGGAAAGAUUACUCCCCUGAUGACAUUUUUCGGCCUCAUGUCUUGGGCGUACCUGGUUUUGGGUCUUGUCUGGUUUCUCCAGUUUGUGAAGCACUGGAAAGACGUAAUAAAACUUCACUAUCAGAUAACGGCUGUAAUUGGUCUAGGGAUGUGUGAAAUGGCCUUCUGGUACUUCGAAUACGCAAACUUCAAUUCCACUGGAUACAGACCUAUGGGAGUCACUUUAUGGGCAGUAACUUUUAGUGCUGUCAAGAAGACUGUUUCCCGUAUGCUACUUUUAGUGGUCUCAAUGGGAUAUGGUGUUGUGAAGCCAACCCUUGGUAGCAUAACCCCUAAAGUACUGGUCCUUGGCAUUGCAUACCUUGUGGCUUCAGAAGCUCUUGAGCUUUACGAACAUUUGGGAAACAUAAAUGACUUUGCUGGAAGAGCAAGGAUUUUCCUGGUGCUACCAGUCGCUCUUUUGGAUGCCUGCUUUAUUCUUUGGAUCUUCUCUUCAUUAUCUCAAACUCUUGAAAAGCUUCAGAUCAGAAGAAGCGUGGCCAAACUUGGGCUUUAUCGCAAGUUUACUAAUUGCCUUGCAGUUUCAGUGCUUCUCUCUAUCGCUUGGAUUGGCUAUGAGCUGUAUUAUAAUGCAAAUGAUCCUUUGAGUGAACUGUGGCGAAGUGCUUGGAUUAUCCCUGCUUUCUGGAUUUUGCUUGCAUAUAUUCUCUUGGUGGUGAUAUGCGUCCUCUGGGGUCCAUCGAACAACCCAACUAGAUAUGCCUUCUCCGAGGAGCCUGGGAAUGACAUAGAAGAGGAGAGUGUCUUGCUUGCUAGUAGAGGAGUUAUGGUGGCUUCUGAGGUAGCUACCAAGUUGGAAAGAAAGGAUAGGAAGCUGCCGCUUCCAGCUGAGCAUCAUGUAUUUAGCAUCGGGGAAGCAGUUGAAGACAAGAGAGAAUAACAGCUCUAUCUCAUCCUGCAAUCUGUUACUGGUCACUGGUGCAGUUCACAACUCUGCCAGAAACUAACCUUUGACAGUGUAUACUUCUUCGAUUAUUUAUUUUUUCCCAUAGAAAGUGCUAAUAACGAGAAGAAUUAGAAUAAAGUUCACAAAGCCAUAUGACAGGGGGAGGGUAGCAGGAGGAGGAUCUAAAUUAUUAGGCGGUUUGAUGUAAAACCAUCAGGCAGAUGAAUGGAAGUCGCUGAUAUCUGAGGUGUAAAUACAAUAAACUUUACAAAGCAAAAGUAUUCUUCUGAGAUAUUAUGUUAUAAAAGGCCGCAAAAUGUUUCAUUGAA